CUUCAGGUGUGUCGGUGAGAGGCGAGCAGUUAUUUGACUAUCACUGCAGUAUGGAAAAUGAGCACCCCAGGACACUUUCUUAGGAGUUAUUCAAAGGAGAUUUUGAAGGAGAGCUGUUUCAUUUCAGUCUAAUGGAUCACCAGACUGUUUUGCUGGCGUUUCUCUGCUUUCUGCUCGUCACUGUGCGCUCAGAAGUGCAGAAUGACUUCUCACCCGAGUGCCGUGAGUUUAUGUAUAUGGGCACUCCCCCGCGGGGUCUGGAGAACCGCUCACUUAAAAAGAUCUGUCAGCGUUAUAACGGCAAGCCCCGGUAUGUCUCUCUGUAUGAUGUGGUGGACCACAUCCCGGUGUAUUCUGCGUACACUUUCAAACGCUCCGACGGCUUCAAGAAGGUCGACGUUCCUUGGAUGUUCGAGCCUCAGCUCUCCACGGCAUCAGACUCUGGUGAGAUGCAGCCGUUUCCUCCCGAUGAUGUCCACGACAGUUUUUCAGAUGCCCAGGCCGUCUUGGAAGACUACUCAAACAUGGUUGAUUUCGAACGAGGCCAUUUGAACCCCGACGAGCACCAGGCUCACCCCGAUGACAAGGCAGCCACGUACACCCUCACCAAUGUGGUCCCACAGGUCCGCGAGUUCAACGUGGGCCACUGGAAACACCACGAGCACAUCAUCCGCCGUCGACUCAACAACUACUGCCGCGGUACGGCCUACAUAGUCACAGGGGUCACCACAUCUGGCAGGAUGAUCCGUAGAUACAACAUCAAUCGCGUGGCCGUUCCCACCUACCUGUGGUCGGCCUACUGCUGCAUCGAUUACGAUCACAAUGCCCCCUUUGAUGAGCGAUCCAAAUUCCCGGCCUUUGCCGCCUAUGGGCUCAACGAGAAAGAAGGAGCGGAGGUCAUAGAGAUGUCUGUGCAGCAACUAGAAGAGUUUUUGAAGAAGAACACCUUUGUGGACAAGAGGUUUCAGAUUUUCUUUGGGAACUGUGAGCCUAAUGAUGCCAUAAUGAAAGUCCAGACUUAGGUGUCUUCGUCUUGCCUUCGUCUUGGUUCUUCUUGCCUAAAUUCAUAAACGCAUUUUCAAACAUCAUUCAACUGUCAGAAUACUGUUCUGCAGAAUGAAUAUCCUGCAAUAUGCUCUUAAAUAAAAGGUUCCAAUUCAAUUUUACAGAUUAAUGAGACAGAGAAAGACUGUCUCUGUCAAAAUCUCUUAUUGUUUACAUGAAAGAUACAGUAAAAUUCUGAAAUAUUAUAUAAAGUUUUUUGUCAAUUUUUCCCAUGGGAGCAAAUCUGAACGUUUAUCAGCUGUCUGAAGUGUCACAUAAUCCUUUAAAAACAAUAAGUAAAAAAAAGAAAAAAUCAUUUUUUUAGGAUUCAAAAGAAAAACAUUAUGGCAAUCUUUUCUUUUGUAACAUUAUAAAUUAAUUUUCCGUCACAUUUGAUCGUUUUAAUGCACCCUUGCUGAAUAAUUAGUUUUUUUAUUCUAAACACACACACAUAAAGCACACCUUUUAUUGGAAGUGUGUGUGAUUUAAAGAACCUGUAGUUUGAAGAACUACAAAGAAUCGCUGCAUAACAUUUCAAUUUUAAGGGUCUACUGAAUAAGAUUUUGAGCAUUAGACCCCUGAAGAAUAUUGCAUUUUACAUAAUUGUGUAUGACUGUGGGCAAAAAUUAAAAUUACUGGAUAUAAAAAUGUUAACUUAUUUGGAUAUAACCCUGUUAUCUCUCUCUCUCUCAUUUUGUUGUUGUCUGUUUGUUUCAUUUGAAGGGUGAAAAUCUGUAUCCAUUUCCUUUAGCCUUUACUGGUAGAAUGAAGAUCCAAUUUCAGUUCCAGAAAUAUUUGAUAUCUUCUAAUUAAGACUAUUUGUCCACGAGAGGACUGAAAAGAGUGAUGAAAUGAGAGAGAUCUAAUGACUAUAAUCAUCUGUGGCCUUAGGGGUUUUAUUAGGUCCAUUAACUUCUUUAUAAGACUGCAACAGCUAAAUCUUUUCUCACUUUGUAAGCAUGUUUACUGCAAUUUAUCUGAAUAUUGUAAACUCUUCUCAAAUAA